AAAAGUCUUCUCUCUCUCUCUCUCUCUCUCUCUCCUUCUUCUCUGUUCGACGGCUUUUACCAAUUUUUUUCACUUUCUCUCUCUAUUACAAGCUUUAACUUUCACAUUGCUUUCUCUUGGCUUUAAAUUGAAUUGUCUUUUGAAAAUUGAAGUUGAUCUCCCAGUGCAUCAAGAUCUCGUAGUGACAUAACCAUUGAAUGUUAGAUCGGGCGGAGGAGAGAGCGAGGAUCUGAGAUUGGUUGGGAGCUGAAGAGAGAAAGAGAGUGAUUGUGUUCUCUUUCUCUUAGUUUCGUUAGGGCUUGUGGAUCUCAGACGAGAUGGCUCUGUCAGGCAUGAGAGGACUCUCCGUUUUCAUCAGCGACAUUCGUAAUUGCCAGAACAAAGAGGCGGAGAGACUACGCGUUGAUAAAGAGCUUGGCAAUGUCCGCACACGCUUCAAAAACGAAAAGGGUUUGUCACCUUAUGAAAAGAAGAAAUAUGUUUGGAAAAUGCUUUACAUUUAUAUGCUGGGUUACGAUGUAGAUUUUGGUCAUAUGGAAGCUGUUUCUUUGAUAUCUGCACCAAAGUAUCCAGAAAAGCAGGUUGGGUACAUUGUGACAUCAUGUUUACUCAAUGAGAAUCAUGAUUUUCUGAGAUUAGCGAUAAAUACAGUACGGAAUGAUAUUAUUGGUCGAAAUGAAACUUUCCAGUGCCUAGCCUUGACUAUGGUUGGGAAUAUUGGUGGGAGAGAGUUUGCUGAAUCUCUAGCACCUGAUGUUCAAAAACUACUUAUUUCUAGUAGCUGCAGACCACUUGUGAGAAAAAAAGCAGCACUAUGUCUCCUGCGCUUGUAUAGGAAAAAUCCUGAUGUUGUCAAUGUAGAUGGCUGGGCGGAUCGGAUGGCACAACUUUUGGAUGAACGAGAUCUUGGUGUUUUGACAUCUUCUAUGAGCCUUUUUGUUGCUUUAGUUUCUAAUAACCAUGAAGCCUAUUGGAGUUGUCUUCCAAAGUGUGUUAAAAUUUUGGAGCGGCUUGCUCGGAACCAGGAUAUUCCUCAAGAAUACACUUACUACGGUAUCCCAUCUCCCUGGCUUCAGGUCAAGACAAUGAGAGCCCUUCAGUAUUUUCCUACCAUUGAAGAUCCAAACACCAGAAGAUCCUUGUUUGAGGUGUUACAACGGAUAUUGAUGGGAACUGAUGUUGUAAAAAAUGUUAAUAAGAACAAUGCAUCACAUGCUGUUCUCUUUGAAGCCCUUGCUCUUGUCAUGCAUCUUGAUGCUGAGAAGGAGAUGAUGUCUCAGUGUGUUGCUCUACUUGGAAAAUUUAUUUCAGUGCGUGAACCAAAUAUUCGAUAUCUUGGCUUGGAGAAUAUGACUCGGAUGUUAAUGGUAACAGAUGUGCAAGAUAUCAUCAAAAGACAUCAGGCUCAGAUCAUCACAUCAUUGAAGGAUCCUGACGUUAGUAUACGUAGGCGUGCCCUUGAUCUGCUCUAUGGAAUGUGUGAUGUUUCAAAUGCAAAGGAUAUUGUUGAAGAAUUGUUGCAGUAUCUCAGCUCUGCUGACUUUGCAAUGCGUGAAGAACUUUCCCUUAAAGCUGCCAUUCUUGCAGAAAAAUUUGCACCAGAUCUUUCAUGGUAUGUGGAUGUGAUCCUUCAGCUCAUUGACAAGGCUGGGGAUUUUGUUAGCGAUGACAUAUGGUUUCGUGUUGUUCAGUUUGUUACAAAUAAUGAAGACCUUCAGCCUUAUGCAGCUGCAAAAGCCAGAGAGUAUCUUGACAAGCCUGCAAUACACGAGACAAUGGUCAAAGUUAGCGCUUAUCUUCUUGGAGAAUACAGCCACCUUUUGGCCAGGCGACCUGGGUGCAGUCCAAAAGAAAUAUUUAGCAUAAUACAUGAAAAGCUUCCGUCUGUUUCGACUUCCACCAUUCCAAUUCUACUUUCAACGUAUGCUAAGAUCUUGAUGCACACUCAACCUGCAGAUCCAGAACUACAGAAUCUGAUUUGGGCAAUAUUUAACAAAUAUGAGAGUUGCAUCGAUGUUGAGAUACAGCAGCGGGCUGUCGAGUAUUUUUCGUUGAGUAGAAAAGGAGCAGCUCUGAUGGAUAUCUUGGCUGAAAUGCCCAAAUUCCCUGAGCGCCAGUCUGCAUUGAUCAAAAAGGCGGAAGAUCCUGAAGUUGACGCUGCAGAGCAAAGUGCUAUCAAGUUGCGGAACCAGCAGCAACAGAUGUCAAAUGCAUUGGUUGUAACCGAUCCAGUCUCUACCAAUGGCACCCCGCCAGUUGGCCAGCUUAGCCUUGUAAAGGUGCCAAGCAUGACCAGUAGUGUGGCAGCAGAGCCAGGAUUAAUCCAGCCAAAUGGCACUUUGACCAUUGUAGAUCCUCAGCCUCCAUCAGCAGAUCCUCAACCUCCAUCAGCUGAUAUUCUUGGUGAUCUUUUAGGCCCACUGGCCAUUGAAGGGCCCCCUGGAUCUGCUGUCCAGUCUGAGCCAAAUGCCGUCCUUGGAAAGGGGGUUGUAGUGGAUGGAGCAGCCAUAGUACCUGUUGGAGAGCAGGCAAAUGCUGUUCAGCCAAUAGGAAAUACUGCUGAAAGAUUCCAUGCAUUAUGCCUAAAGGAUAGUGGUGUUCUCUAUGAGGAUCCUUAUAUUCAGAUUGGUAUUAAAGCAGAGUGGCGAGGCCAUCAAGGCCGUUUAGUACUUUUCUUGGGAAACAAGAACACCUCUCCACUUCUUUCAGUUCAAGCUAUAAUAUUGCCUCCAGCCCAUUUGAAGAUGGAACUUUCAUUAGUUCCUGAAACUAUUCCUCCUCGAGCACAGGUGCAAUGCCCUCUUGAAGUAAUGAAUCUUCGACCAAGCAGGGACGUUGCUGUUCUCGACUUUUCCUACAAGUUUGGUGCCAAUAUGGUAAAUGUCAAGCUUCGUCUGCCUGCUGUAUUGAAUAAAUUUCUACAGCCUAUAAAUGUAACCACUGAAGAAUUUUUCCCUCAAUGGAGAUCACUUUCAGGCCCACCUUUAAAGCUUCAAGAAGUGGUCAGAGGUGUACGACCAAUGCCUCUCAUGGAAAUGGCUAAUUUGUUUAAUAGUUAUUGGGUGACGGUUUGUCCAGGACUUGACCCUAAUCCUAAUAAUCUGGUUGCAAGCACAACCUUUUAUUCCGAGAGUACAAGGGCCAUGCUCUGCUUGAUUAGAAUUGAAACUGAUCCAGCAGACAGAACCCAGUUGCGCAUGACAGUUGCAUCUGGUGAUCCUACGCUAACGUUUGAGUUGAAGGAGUUCCUCAAGGAGCAAUUAGUCAGCAUUCCUACGGCAACCCCUCGAGCACCGGCCGCACCUGUUUCUCCAGUAUCUCAACCAACUAGUACAGCAGCAGCAUCAAAUGAUCCUGGGGCACUGCUAGCUGGUUUUCUGUGAUGAAGUAGCCGUGGUUGAUGUGUGAAAAUUUGUUCAGUAUACACUUGUAAACCUGAUUUAUACGUCCGACCAACCUGUCCGGUUAAGAUGUGGAUAAGGAAAUUAAUCCUGAUGCGAGGGCUGUCGGAAUAGAGGGGUGAACUAAUUUGUGAUCGGCUAAGUGUUUGAGUGGAAUUUGAAGAAGGGUGGGUCGGGAUUUUGAGAUUCUUUAUGCACAAAUUGGAUUGUGCCUUGGUGAGCAUUUUAUGUCUUUUCUGGGAUGAGGGUUUUUCUUAUUCUUCAUUUAUUUUUUCGUCCCAGUGUUAGCGGAUUGGUUUCUGUAGUACAAAUGCACAAACAGUAUGUAAGAUAUUGCAUGAAGUAGAAAAAGUUCUGUCA